AUUAGAUAGCCUGUUGAUGUUGAUAUCAAGUAAUGAUGAUGGAAAUUCGCCGGAACUUUUCUCAUCUUUUCCAAUUUCAUUUCUUUUAAACUGAAAUAGUCUCUUAAUGACAACACUCUAUACACACAUACCAAUUCAGGAAGACAAAAUUGAAGUCUCGCUUUCUGAAGUUACUUGUUUUCCACUGCUCCUUCUUUUUCUUCUUCUUCUUCUUCUUCUUCUCUCCUGUUUAGGACCAAAGUAGACAUGGGAAGCGUCACUGAGGAAGAGCUGGUUCAAAUGGUGACAGACUUCAUUGAAUCUUCAGAGUCAGUUCCUGACUCAUUAUCUUCUCCCAAAUCCCCUCGUCAAUCCAAGUCUCUAACUCUACAGGAGAUAAUAUGGAAGGCAACACAUCAUGAGAAUGAGAUACUUGACAAAAUAUCAAUUUAUUUGAGGGACAUAGAGAGUAUGAUUGAUCAACCCAAGAAUCUGAAGAACAAAUGGGUUGUGAUGAAACUGAAAAUGGAUGGUUAUGAAGCCUCUCUUUGUAAAACUUCAUGGGUUUCUUCUGUUAAACUCCCCAAAGUUUAUGAAUUUACAGAUGACUAUGAAUAUGUUGAUGUUAUGAUGAAGGACAACAAUUUACUCAAGGUGACAAGGCUAAUAGUGGACAUGGAUUUCAAGUCACAAUUUGAGCUUGCAAGACCAUCACCAAGCUACAAAGAGCUGAAAGACAUUUUGCCAGACAUUUUUGUUGGGACUGAAGAAAAACUUGACAAAGUCAUAUCUCUGGUUUGCUCAGCUGCGAAGAAAUCUCUCAAGAAAAUGGGUCUUCAUGUUCCUCCAUGGAGAAAAGCCCCCUACAUGCAAUCCAAGUGGCUCUCCAAAGAUUGCAAGAAAAUCUCAAUCUCACCCACAAACAUGGAAUUGGGUAUCAUCUCGCAAAUGCACUAGUUGGAAAAUGAGGCAGUUUUUUUUUCAGCUCUAGAGAAGAGGAACAAAUGGUUCAAAAAAAAAAAAUGGUGAUUUUGACACCCUUUGAGUUUUGACUCAUGAGAUGGUCAUUCUAAGUUUUAGUUAAAGGGGAUUCUAAAAUUUUUAGUUUAAGUUUUAGUUGUAAAUUAGUUUUGAGAUGGUCAUUCUAAGUUUUAGUUAAAGGGGAUUCUAAAAUUUUCAUCGAUUCGGUAGAUGGUGAUGGUUCCGUUUCUUGACAUAUUAAGAUGUUAAUUAAUUCAGGAUAUUAAGAC